AUGGAUAAUACUGGCAGCGGUAACUCGGGGAAUUUAGGGCCAUCCUUGCUCGCUAUUGCAUGGGUUUUUACUGGUAUAUCGACACUAGUUGUUGCUCUGAGAUUCUACGUCCGCAUAAGCAUCCUACGGAGGUUUCGCCUGGACGAUUGUAUGAUUGUUAUAACUUUAUUAUGCGUAAUAGGCAGUUCCGUCCUCCUCACGAUCGCAGUCUCAUGGGGUUUUGGAAAGCACGCCGGCAGUCUCUCCGAGGUCGAGGUCAGGAAUUCUAUGAAGUGGGUGUACGCGUGCAAAUUCUUCGCCGUCAUGAAUCCGCUAUUCGGCCGCAUUUCGUUCGCUUUCCUACUGUCGGAACUCAUUCCACCAUCUAAGUUAAGGCGAAUAUUCUUAUGGACUCCAGUCGGUGUUCAUUUUAUGGCAGAUUUUAUGACGGUCGUCAUCGUCUAUACGCAAUGCCGGCCGUCUCGGGGUUACUGGGACAAAACUAUUAAAUCCUACUGCCGGCCCCCAACAGUAGAGCAGUAUAGUGCCUAUGUUCAAGGCUCCUUAGGUUCUGUGGCUGACCUGGUCCUGGCUGUAUUCCCGUGUACUCUUUUCUGGAAUUUGAGUAUGCAUUGGAAGCAGAAAGUCUUCUUGAGUUCAAUAAUGGGACUUGGAAUCUUUGCCAUGAUAGCUUGCGUUGUUAAAACAAUCGAACUCGGAGCUCUCACUCACACUGAUGACCUUACUUACCAAAUGGCGAAACUUGCAAUAUGUUGGACUCUUGAGGCUCACAUUGUACUUAUUUCCGCCUCGAUACCAACUGUCAGGGCAUUCUUCAAGACACCAAAAUCCCCUAGUAAUAGCCAAAGUGAUCACUCUAACGAGAUAAACACUUUUAUGAAACGGAAACGUGCUAUGGGUGGGAAUAGCCCUCCUGAUGGUAUAAAUGGCAUAAGAAAAGAAAUAACAGUAUCGACCAUAUCCGACUCAGAUUCGCAACUAGCGUAUACGCAACACCAUACAUCAGAGCAUGGAUGGGGAGAAAUAUGA